AUGUCUUCAGAUAACCAGUGGUCAGCAGAUGAGGAUGAAGGCCAAUUGUCCCGACUUAUCAGGAAAUCUAGAGACUCCCCCUUUGUUCCGGUAGGUAUUGCAGGUUUUAUGACUGUGGUGUCCUAUGGUCUUUACAAGUUAAAGUACAGAAGAGAUCAGAAAAUGUCCAUUCAUCUUAUUCACACGAGAGUUGCUGCCCAAGGAUUCGUUGUGGGAGCUGUGACUCUAGGUGUUCUUUAUUCUAUGUAUAAGGAUUACAUUAGACCUCGAUUCUUCGGUGUAUCCAAAAAAUGA